AUGGCCACAUCCUCCACCGCGUCGCCGCAGAGCGCAGUGCUGCAUCGCUCGCUCAGAUCUUCACCCCUGACAGUGACCUCAGCAAACCGCCACACCCUCAACUUUUCCGACGGCGGCAGCAUGCUCGACUCAACCUGCGGCGCCGCCGUCUCGUGUAUCGGGUAUGGCAACAAACGAGUGCGUGACGCUAUGAUGGCGCAGCUGGACAAGUUUGCCUAUGUCAAUAGCAUGUUCUUCUCCACACCGAUCUAUGAAGAGCUUGCGGCGGAGUUGAUCAGAGGGACUGAGGGCAAGAUGGCGAGGGCGCUGAUGAUGUGCUCAGGGAGUGAGGCUAUGGAGGCCGCGCUGAAGAUGGCAAGGCAGUACUUCGUGGAAAAGGGAGAGUUGAAGAGGUCAAAGUUCAUCGCAAGGGAGAGCAGCUACCACGGGACGACGUUGGGAUCGUUGGGAGUUAGUGGACACGUUGGGAGGAGAGCGCUGUUCGAAGGUACUGGCAUGUUGGGCGCUAACGUGGGUAGAGUGAGUGCCUGUUACGCAUACAGAGGCAUGAAGGAGGGUAUGACAGAGGAGCAGUAUGUGCAGAUGCUGGCGGACGAGCUCGAUAGGAAAUUCGAGGAGAUGGAUCCGGGGACUGUCUGCGCAUUCAUUGCCGAGCCAGUUGUGGGUGCUGCUCUGGGUUGUGUUCCCGCCGUGCCUGGAUACUUCAAGGCCAUGAAAGCAGUGUGCGACAAGCAUGGCGCCCUAUUGAUUCUCGAUGAGGUUAUGUCUGGAAUGGGACGGUGUGGAACGCUUCAUGAGUGGCAGCAAGAAGGAGUGGUGCCUGACAUCCAGACCCUCGCAAAAGGUCUGGGAGGCGGCUAUGUUCCUGUGGCCGCUAUUAUGAUCAACCACAAGGUCGAAGAUGCACUUUCGGCAGGCACCGGGGCCUUUGCUCAUGGCCACACAUAUCAAGGUCAUCCAGUAUCUUGCGCGGGAGCCCUCGAAGUGCAACGCAUCAUCCGAGAGGAGAAUCUUGUUGCCAAUGUCGCCCGCCUUGGUGUCAUUUUCGGCGAUCUGUUGCACCAGGCACUCGACUCACACCCAUGCGUGGGCGAUGUUCGAGGGAAAGGGCUCUUCUGGGGCGUCGAAUUCGUUGCGGACAAGAAAACGAAAGAGCCUUUUUCAAGAGCAAAGAAUGUCGCUAAUGCCGUCCAUCACGUUGGCCUGCAUAGAUACGGCAUCAGCUUGUAUCCGGGCAUGGGAACCAAAGACGGUAUCCUCGGCGAUGUCGUGUUGAUUUGUCCCGCGUACAACAGCACAGAGGACGAGAUCCGACACAUUGUCAAAAAGGUGAAGCAGACGGUCGACUGGACGUUUAAGGACCUGGAGAACAACGACAGCUCACUGUUUCGGGCACAGCCUGCAUCUAGGCUAUGA